ACAGGCACCUUUAAGGACACCUACAUUAUUACUGUUGUUGGGGCUUGGGAUUGGCGCCAGAUUUCAGUGUUUCUUUGCUUCUGCAGGAUCAUCGGGAAUAUUAAGUAAGUCUACACCCAUCACCCUGAUGACAAAUGAAGCUGAGAAGCUUCAGGACUCCCCUUGUUUUUCUUCACAGCUUAAUAGCACUGGCCUUUUGAAAUCCAAGCAAAGAACAGAUCGUGAACCAAAGCAUCCAACAACAGAGACCAAGACCCCCCAUCAGAAGAAUGUGGGUGCCAGCCCCUCGUCGCAGCCCCUGAGGAGCAGCAAUAAACCCAACACUGUUCUCAGAUCUCCUCCAGCAGCAGCAGUGCAGUCUGGCACACGGGGCCCUACAGCCAGCAGCUCAAGAGCAGCAGAUCAGGAUGUCACAUUGGAGAGGUUCUCAGGACUCAGGCUCAGGAGGCCUCGAGUGUCCUCCACUGAAAUGGAGCGCAAGAUGUCUGACCGAAAGAUGAUCCGUCUAUCCCAGCUGCCGGAGAAGCUGGCCCGGGAGAAACUGGAUGAGAGUGACUGGGUUACCUUUGGGGUGGUUGUAAAUAAAUACACUCCUCAGAGCUCUAGCAGUGGUAAAACCUUCAGUAUCUGGCGUCUCACUGACCUUCGUAACCUGGAUGUGUAUGUUUCCCUGUUCCUGAUUGGAGAUGUUCACAAAGAACACUGGAAGACAGACCCAGGGACUGUUAUCGGCAUCCUCAAUCCAAACCCAAUGAAACCAAAGGAGGGCUCGGAUGGGGUCUGUUUGUCAGUGGAUCACCCGCAGAAGGUCAUGCUCAUGGGGGAGGCACAAGAUUUUGGGACCUGCAGAGCGAAGAAGAAAAAUGGAGAUCCUUGUACUCAUAUUGUGAACUUGAACGAGUGUCAAUUCUGCCAGUACCGUGUGAAAGCACAGUAUAAAAAACUGAGUUCCAAGAGAUCAGAGCUGCAGUCCAGUUUCUCAGGAAGAGUCCCUGGUAAGCAGAAAGGGAAGGGAGGCAGUCUGAAGGAGCGGCUGUGCCAAGGCGGCUUUCAUUACGGAGGAGUUUCUUCAGCAUCUUGUGCAGCCUCGCUUUCUAUUUCUAAGAAGCCGGUUCAGUCGACUUUGAGUAAUUUAUUUGUUAAAGGAGCGGACUGUAUUGCCAAAGAAGCGCAGAAAAACGCAAUGCAGUCGAAUGGGGCACCAGUAUGCUCAGAUGAAUUUAAGAACUUGAUGGAUGUGCCAACGCCAGGUGCACUGAACCUGAAAAGACAUUUAACCCAAGCUUCGGUAGGUCUAAAUGGAAAGCCAGUGCAAGCUAUCCAGUCUAUAUCAGCAACCGAGCUAUUAAAACAACAGAAGCAACAGAUGUUGGAAGCAAGGAAGAAACGAUCAGAAGAUAUUCAAAGAAGGAGAAGAAAGGGCCCAAAAUUGGUGCAGAGCUGCUUUUGACAAGAGGAGAGGAGCAGCCAAAAUUCCUCAACAGUUUACAGUGAUUACAGGCCCUGAUACUUUACACACAGAUCCACAUUACCAUGGCCCAGGUGUUUGGCCUGUUUUUUUUUUUUUUUUUUUUUUUAAUCCAGAAAACAGGGUGUCUGGUUAAAAUGUGUCUGCUGUUUCAUACAUGUCCUUGUGCUUAAAGUGAAGCUCCUUCAAGACAGGUGGCUAGUGUUCAUGAAAAUGAAUUUCUUAUUGUGAAAUUUAUUGAUUAGUAUUUUCAUUUUGCUGUGGCUAUGAUGUGAACUGAAGAUUCUUUACCCAAUGAAAUCUUCAUGCAGUGUGUUUGACAUUCAAACCGUUAAAGUGUACUCAUAGGUGUAAUAUACCAUUGUGAACAAGAAAACACGCAAGUUUGUUUAUAAGAAGGAAUGUGUGGGUGGAGAUUAUAUGUCAAACUUGUUUUAUAUACAUUUUUUAAAUAAAACAUGAUGUACAAUAAGAUAUCCAUUCAUAGAAAUAAAUGCUAUUUUAAACAUGGUUCCAUUGUAUUUUUGUUUGCUGUUCCACAAGUGAUAUUUGUAAUGCAAACAUAUUACAAUACAAUUAGGUUUUGUUUGUAUAUCCUUUGUGCAGAACUGUCAUAUGUGCUUGCACUGUACAAGGUUAAUGACCAUUUCAUUUUCUUCUGUAAAAUUAUUUUAAGAACAAAAUAUUUAAUGUGUAAAUAAACGUGCUUCGGAUGUACUGGUGUAUACAAUACUUAAUGAGCCAAACCUGUUUAAGUUGGUCAUGUAUACCGUAUGCAUAACGUAAGCAGCUAAAAUACACAUAAAUUGUCAUUGAGGUUUCCAAACUUGAAAAACAGCUUGUUCUUUCAAAAAUAAUAUGUAUUCCACAUCCACGGCAUGAGUACAUAAACAUACUGAAGACUUAUUUUUCAUUGUUUCUAAGAUUAGGAAUGUAUGGUAAAUAUGUGGCACUGUUCAAGCUUUCAGAAGAUCCAGCCUCUGUGUCUUUUUCAUUUGUAAAUGUUACCUCCUCAGUUUCAUGAGAGCUCCUUGUCCACAGUGUCUUGAUAUGUUUGUAUAUUUUUUAGUUUUUAUAUAGAUUAAACAAAGUU